UAAUAAUAAUAAUAAUUUUAAUUAAAAAAAGAAUAUGUUGGCUUAUUUAAACUCUGCUUUCACUGUCUUCUCCCUCCAAACCAAAAAAAUAUAUAUAUAAUCGGAGAGAAAGAGAGAGCGAGCGACCGGCGGCGAAACUCUUCAGUCGGAAACCUUCGAAGCAAUUUCUCCGUUUUUUUUUUUUUUCUUUUUUGCUCUGAAACCCCAAAAAAAAAAAAAAAAAAGAAUCUCUCGGACGAUUUCGGUUCCUUUGGUCGGAUUGAAAAAUGGAGGAUUUGGUGGGAUAUGGAUUCCGUCCGACGGAUGAUGAGCUCGUAGGUUACUAUCUCCAUAACAAAAUUCUGGGAAAGAAUUGGCUAGUAGAAGGAGCCAUUAACGAGGUCAACAUCUGUAGCUUCGAUCCAUGGAACUUGCGGUUCCAAUCUAAGAUAAAAUCGAGAGAUCCUAUGUGGUAUUUCUUCUCUCGAAGAGAAAACAAGUACACCAAUGGGAAUCGACAGAGCAGGACAACAGAUUCUGGCUUCUGGAAGGUUACUGGAGAGCCUGUGGAUGUCAAGGAUCAGUGGGGAACUUGGUGUACCACUCCUGGUAAGAUUGGUCAUAAAAGGGUUUUGGUCUUCCUCAAGGGAAGAAUCUCUGACAAAACCAAAUCUGAUUGGGUUAUCCACGAGUUUCACGACGACCUCUUACCAGAACAUGAGAGGACCUAUGUCAUCUGCAGACUUGAAUAUAAGGGCAACGACAAGAGCAUUCUAUCUGCCAACGCAACAGAUCCCACUCCCACUUUUGUCCCUAAUAUGACUAGUAGUGCAGGUUCUGUGGUCAACCAAUCACGUCAAGGAAAUUCAGCAUCUUACAACACUUAUUCUGAAUAUGAUUCAGCAAAUCAUGGCCAGCAAAACUUCAAUAUGCAGCUACCAGUUCAAGGAAAUUUAGGGUCUCUUAACCAUUUCUCUGAGUAUGACUCAGCAAAUCUUGGUGGAAACUUUGACAUGCAGCAACCAGUUGAAGGAUAUGCAGGAUCUUUUAACCUUCUCCCUGAGUAUGAUUUAGCAAAUCACGGCGGUCAGUGGUUGAGUGACUAUAUCAACCUACAACAACAAGUUCCUUACUUGGCCCCUUAUGAAAAUGAGUCGGAGAUGAUUUGGAAGUCUGUGGUUGAAGAAAAUUUUGAGUCUUUAAUUGAUGAAAGGACAUCUAUGCAAGAGCAUUACAGUGAUUACCGGCCAAAAAAACCUGUGACUGGGGUUUUGCCUGAUGAUAGCAGUGAUACUGAAACUGGCUCAAUGAUUUUCGAAGACACUUCAAGCUCGACUGAUAGUGUUGGUAGUUCAGAUGAACCGUGCCAUACUCCUAUAGAUGAUAUUCAACCAUUGAACACUAGUAAGCCUUCGCACAAUUAUGAGGCACAAGAGCAACCAAACCAGUUGAAAUUGCCGUAUCAGAACAAAGAAAAGGUGAUAUAUUCUCAGAAAAGCGAAUACGAGUGGAAAAUGGCUGAAGACUCGAUCAAGAAACCUCUAUCCAACAACACGGUGAAGCAGAGCCGGAUUGUUUUGGAGAAGAGGAGUCAAAGGAAUGCACAGUGGAACUAUCUCAAGAACAUGAUCAUUGGUGUCUUGUUGUUCAUCUCCAUCAUUGGUUCGAUCAUUCUGGUUGGUUAAGAGGUCAAAUCGGAUUCUUCCUCACAAUUUUCUUUCUUGUCUGUGUGUUUUUUUUCUUUUGGUUUCUUUGCUCUGUUUUCUCGCUCAGGAAAAGUCUGAAGUUGUGUUUUACUAGUAUGUAAAGAAGAGAAAAAAAAAAUGCAGGAAAUGUAUGUAUAGAAAAGAAAAAAAACAAGUGUAUGUAAUAAUAAAUUAGGUAUCGUUUUGUGGUAUAGUCAUAUAUAUAAGUGAUCAUAUAGUUUUGUAUAA